AUGGCAGCCAGUGCAGCUCCAAGAGGUUAUGGGAUUGAGCCCAGCAAAGUGACGAGAACUGCACAUAGUUCUACUUAUAAUUUCAGCGACGACGAAACAAAAAUCAGCUUCUCCUGUGCCAACGGAACAUUGUUUCUUAAACUGUCUUCUGUGCUGCUGGUUGUCAGUUUUAUUUUGCAGGUCGUAGCUGUUGGCUCCCCCUAUUGGGCUGCAGGAUGGAGGCGAGACAAAAUGUCCUGGCAUGAAGGUGUGUGGAUGACCUGUUACCGGACAGAGCUGGAUAACAAGUGGAUCUGCGGAGCUUAUGACUACAGCAACAGUACACCAGGAGUUCCAAUGUGGUACGCUGCAGUCCAAGCCAUGGGUCUAAUGUCACUGGUUGUCUUUCUCCCCGCCCUCAUCAUCAACUUCUUCUACACCAUGCACCCAAAGGGAACAAUGUUCAGAGGGAUGAUGUGGUUUAACCUUGCACUCACAUGUGUCACUGGUGUCCUGCCACUUGCCAUGGUCAUCGUUUUUAUUGCUGGACACCCAAAACGAGACAGAUUCCCCAUUCCUUAUAUGGACCAGUACUAUGACGACGAUCCCUUUCUAAUCCACUUCUGCUUUAUUUUUGAGAUACUAGCAGCCAUUGUUUCAUUGGUUGCAUUUGUUUUGGAAAUAACUGACUUCAGAAAAAGCAAUUAUUAA